AUGUGCCCUAGUACCCAUAAUCAUGAUGAGGGGCCCCCUGAUGCUGCACUAGAGAAAGCAAGAGAAACCCUAAUGCGCUACCCGUAUAGGGGAGUAGGCAUGAAGGUAUGUGAUUGUAUAUGUUUAUACGGAUUAAAUUACGCGAGGGUUUGGCCAUUGGAUAUUCAUCUACUAAGAUCUGCACAAUUAGAUACACAACUUAUACAUUAUCUAGGUAACUUAAUACAGCACCAGCAGCAGCAGCAGCAGCAGCAGCAGCAACAGCAGCAGCAGCAACAACAAGAGCAGCAGCAAUAG